AUGGAAUCUUUCCUCUCUGCAGACUGCCCGGAUAUACUGGCUCUCUGUGAGACCAACCUUGUCUCAUCUAUCCCCUCCUCUGAUCUCUCGAUCCCAGGCUACCUUCCUCUCCUCAGAAAAGACUCUUUAACCCACAUGCACGGCCUUAGUGUCUACGUCAAGGACCAUAUCCCUCUGGCCAGAGAGUUGUCUCUCGAAUCGCCAGACCAGUCGUACAUGUGUCUCCGACUAUCUCUUCUCAAUGCGGUAAGCUAUCUCUUCUUCCUUUACCGCUCUCCAUCCUCUCAAGACUGUGGGAUACUCGAUAGCAUUUUUGACAGCAUAGACAAGGCUCUCUCCCUCCACCCGUUUGCUCACAUAUUUGUGUUUGGCGACUUUAACGCCCAUCAUACCAUGUGGCUUAAGAAUGCUACUACUGACCACGCAGGCAUUCAAACGUUCAAUUUUUCAGUCUCUCAAUCCCUUACGCAGAUAGUUAACUUCCCCACUCGUUUUGCCUUCAACAGGGAAGGUAAAGCCUCUCUUCUCGAUCUGUGUUUUACCUCCAUCCCCGAGUCAUGUAGCGCCACGCAACUCUGCCCUCUUGGUAACUCUGAUCAUGCGGUAGUAUCUGUUAACAUCUCCUUCAACUCCACCCCCUGCAAAGAACCUCCUACCACUAGAACUUCGUUCUACUAUCAACGGUCUGACUGGGACUCGUUCCGUGAUUUCCUCCGCGAUGUCCCCUGGGAUGUUGUCUUUACGCUCCCCGUCCAAGAAUGUGCUUCAUCCUGGGUUAAAGCUGGAAUCGACGCUUUCAUCCCCUCAAGGAAAUAUAGGGUCAAGUCGCGCCCCUCCCCCUGGUUCUCCGCUGCUUGCUCAGCCGCCAUCGCCCAUAGGAACCACUUCUUUCACCUAUUUCGUAGCGACAUGUCUGACUGCAAUAGACGUCUCUUUGCCUCCGCCCAUAACGAUGCUAAGUCACUAUUUGCGGCUCGGAUGAAGGAGCGUAUUGCAUCUCGCAAAUUUGGCUCCAAAGACUAUUGGCGUCUCUGCAAGAGCAUACUGAAAAAUUGCAAACCCUCUAUACCUCCUUUGUUCAACCAGUUCGAAGACCUGACCUCCUCUGCCGACAAGGCUGAAUGCUUUGCUCGGAAAUUUUCAUUCAACUCAAUGCUCGAACCUUCCGGUGUACCCACACCCGACUUCCCUCUUAGAACUAAGGACCUAUUGAUCUUCGAAGCCCUAAUCAAUGUCGAGGUGGUUAACCACCUCACAUCCCAUGAUCUGCUCUCAGACAAGAAAUAUGGCUUCCGCUUUGCCCGAUCUACAGCUGAUGUGCUUACGGCCAUCACUGAAACUGUCUACCAAGCUCUUCAAAAUAACGAGGAAGCUCGUGCCGUGGCCCUAGACAUCUCCAAAGCGUUUGAUAGGGUUUCAUAUGUCGGCCUUCUUCGCAAGCUCCAGGGUUAUGGCAUUCCGGGUCGAUUGUUUGACCUAAUACAAUCAUUCCUGUCAAACCGUGAAUUGAAGGUCGUUCUCAACGGAUUCUCCUCCAGUUCCUAUCCCACGAACGCAGGUGUACCUCAAGGCUCCAUCCUAGGCCCCACUCUAUUCCUUAUCUACAUAAAUGACCUUCCUGACGCCAUAAAUUCCCAAGUUGGCAUCUACGCGGAUGACACCACAAUUUAUUCCUGCCUCAAAAACAAAUCUAGUGUCACUGACAAAACUAACCUGGCCGUGCGUCUCGAAAAGGACCUCCAAUCGGCUGUGAACUGGAGCACCUCUCUGCGGCUGCUCGGUCUCACGUUGACUGCUGACCUGAGAUGGAACAAAUACAUUGAGUCAAUUGCUUCGUCCACCACAAGAAAAGUUGGCUCCCUGUGCCGCGUCAGGAAAUUUUUCUCCCCGGAAUCGAUCCUCCAGAUCUACAAAUCAACAAUUCACCCUUGCAUGGAUCACUUUCUCACAGACACGCCGUCGCCUCUCUCUGUCUGUUUUACAAGUACUUUUAUGGCAAUUGCUCCGAGGAGCUGUAUUUGCUGGUUCCCGGACUUCAUGAGUUCGAGCGCCCUACGAGGCUGGCAUCCCGCUCUCACCCUUUCACUGUCGAAUCUCCUAAAUGUAGCCGUCUCUUCUACUCCAAUAGCUUCAUGUCUCGCACCUCUCGGCUGGGGAACUCCAUUCCCUAUUCCAGUUUCCCUGAGAGCUAUAAUCUCCAGCUAUUCAAGUGUAAUAUCCAUCGACAUUUCCAGAUGCCUUGAUCUAUCCACUUCCCUUCUCCUCAUCCUUUCUUCCAUCACUCCUAUCUGA